UCUCGAGACUCCAUGGUCACUCAAUGGAAGUCAUAAAUCCAUACACAUUUGGCCUUGUCAACCCUCUAAUUUCCAAUAUGAGUUCUUGUGGAUCACAACAAAUCAAGAAAAAUGCAAUCAAUCUUUGCAUUAGGCUUCUCCCACUCUCUCCAAUUUCCCCAUUCCCAUUCCCAUUCCUAUUUUCACUCCAACUCCAGAAUUUCUCUGCAAAAACCUCACUGCACCAGCCAUGGAAGCAACAAGUCCAGACCAACCCUCUCUCUUAGAACCACUUGGCCUUCCAUCUCCAUCUCCCUCUUCGCCUCUGGCUUUCUCUUAGGCCCUCUUCUCGAUGGACUCCAUUCUCGCGUCAAUCUCGUCGUUUAUCGAACAGGAUCCAUCCACAUCGGCCCUCUCCACACUAACAUCUGGGUUCCUUUCUUGCUGGGAUUGUUUUACUGUACAGUUGGUUUGAUUCAACUCUACUUAGAUGAGAAAUUUUCGCCAAAACAAUCACAGGGGAGCUUGCGGAAAACGGUGGCUUCCUUAAUAGCACUGGGCUUGUUUAUUGAAUUGAGUGCUGAAAUGUACAAAGCUGGAGUGGCCGAUAAUAUUGAGGCGUAUGCAUUGUUUGCUGGGGCUGAGUUUAUAUGGGCGUUGCUUGAUAGUUCUUUGCUUGGAUUCUCACUGGCUUGUGUUCUUGGCCUUGGUUGCCCUCUGGCUGAGAUUCCCAUUAUGAAGUUCUUCCAUCUUUGGGAAUAUCCCAAAGCCAACAUAGAGAUAUUUGGUGAAGGGAUAAUCAGCUGGACGGUCACUUGCUAUUUUGUGUACACUCCAUUCUUGAUUAAUCUAUCAAGAUGGCUCAAGUCCGUGGUGGAUGCUGAUGCUGCUGCUGCUGCUGUAAAUGAAGAUGGAUCUGGAUAGCCAAAUAGAUGGGAAGGAUGGAACUGGAAAGAAAAUUUUUACACUUUUAAAAGAUGGCGUUUGGUUACAAGUUGGAAUCUCUGGAUGCUCAUUUCCAGGUAGGAUCUUGCCUCUAGCGGGGGGGAUAAACGAGAAGGGAGUAGGAGAAAAUUUUUUCUUUGUAGUAAACAUUAAUCAUUCUCAUCUCUACCCACCUCUUUAUUAAUUUAUUGUUAUUAUUGUGUUUUGUAUGUGUAUAUAUAUAGUUCCAAGAUUGAUUGUUUAGGGACCAGGAUAAUAUGUAUGUUCUAAUUACAUGGUCAAACAUUUACCCCACUUGGGAACCUUGUAUUUAAAAUCAUAACUGAUUGUUUUUCCCAAAACUAUUUCAAUAUCAAAAUGAUCGGAUUGGUCGA